AGAUAAAAAAAGCCAUCCGGUUUAUUUUUCCUGAUUGUUUAAAUAUCCUUUUUGCCCUCACUAACUAAGUUGUAGUUGCAAUAAAGCCAUUGCAAUGGAAGGGGCAUCAACAGAAACCACUGGGGAAACACAAAAUGAAGAGACAGAUUCGCCUUGGCAAGGAGUCAUAGACAGUUUGAAAACUGUGAGACCUCACUACUUAAUUGGGGUCUCGGAGUCAGUUGCCAUCAUACUGUUGAUGCUCUCCAUCGUCUUUCUGACGAUGAACAUAUGUCGGAUUUGGAAGUCUCCCAAUAAACGUGGAUCUAUGUUUGGAAAAGUUAUCAUAGGUCUCUCCACCGUGUUGCUGACUGGAUACGUCUGCAAAUUGAUUUUUGUUGUCAUUCUCUUUUCCCAAGCUGACGAUGACAUCAAGAGAGUCAGUGAUGCUGUUGAUAAUUUACUGAACAUUUUCAAUUUUUUCUUUGCCGCAUUUUAUAUGAGCUCAUUCAUCUGGAUUAACGUUUUCUGCUUUGAAGUGUACUACUCCUUUAGGUGCAUCCAAAAAUCGCUGAAUCACACAAACGAAAGUCACGCUAGCAGAUUCAUCAAAUUUUCCGUUUACGCUGCCAGUGUUCCUGUACUUUGCACGAUAUUUGCUGGAUCUUGUUCCUUCAGAGCCCUAGAAACGCUUAUCAUCAUGAGCGUUUUUGGACUCGUAUUCACGUGUGUGAUAACUACAAUUGCCAACAUAGUUUUACUCAUUAUGACAACAAUUGUGAAGAGAGAUGUGCGAUUCCCACACUCGCAUCAGGAGAAUACCUUCGAUUUCCAUUGGCGAAUGGUUAGAAUAUUCUUUUUGAUUUUUGGCGUCGCAGGGUUAUUGCAAGUUUGCUUCAUAAUCAGUUUGCUCGCAGGCUACCAAUCAGGAAUCAUCUCUUCUUUGGCUUCAUUACUCGUACUCCUAAAAGGUUUCCUUGUCUCCGUGAUUUACAUGCGUGGUGACAGGAUUCAAAACGUAUAGCUUGAUCUAACUGACAUUUAACGAAUAAUUUUGUCUAACCUUAAUUCAUAAUUUUCAUACUUUACAAAAAUUAGUUGUGAUGAUUGUACUUUUGGAUGUGUAUUAUUUGUGUAAAAAUGCUCUUAAUCAGGUUAAAAUCCAAAGAAGGUUCGGCUUAUGCCACUGCACAUUUGAAAAACGAGUUAGCAAUGUUAUAAAAAUGCUAAAAAUGUAAAUAAAAUACAGCGUUUCAAUAAAAGACCCCGUUGGUCCUUUUUCUGGACUAUGGGCUUCCUAUCCAAUGAUGCUCUGUUAUUCAUUUGCGUAGUCAUUGGGACACACAAGUUUUCGCGCGUUUUUCGCUAUUGGGGUGUGACUAUACGAAUCGUUUAUUUGAAUUAAUCACCGAUCUUGAAAGAGAUGAACCGAUCAUGAAAUAUUUAUGUUAUGGAAAAUAAAGUGUCAUCUGCCAGCGUCGUAAGCAGAAUUGGCAAGUCGCACACUAUCAUCACUAUUUUUAAAAUCUGUGAAAAUGUAUCGUAUUGAAUCAUGAGUAAAGAGCGCUUUUGGUAAAAUCUA